AUGGAAUUCAACUUUCUUAUCUACAUCAUUUUCCCUCUCCUUGUUCUCAUCACAACAAAACUAUUACUAUUCUCCACAAAAACAUUCAAAAAUCUUCCACAAAACCCACCCUCUCUUCCCAUAAUUGGCAACCUCCAUCAAAUUAAACAACCAAUUCAUCACUACUUUCACAACCUCUCCCAAAAAUAUGGCCCAAUCUUCACCCUUAAAUUCGGUUCUCGACUCGUAGCUGUUGUUUCAUCUCCAUCUCUAGCCGAAGAAUGUUUCACCAAACACGACAUCGUUUUCGCAAACCGUAUACAGUCUCUCAAAACCAAGUAUCUUGCUUUCAACAACACAAACAUAGUAACAUCAUCGUAUGGAGACCAUUGGCGCAACCUACGUCGUAUAAGCUCAAUCGAAAUCCUCUCCAAUCACCGCCUCAACUCCUUCUCAGAUAUCCGAAAAGACGAAACCAUGAGGCUAAUCCAAAAGCUUGCUGAAAAUUCUCAAAAUAAUUUCGCGAAAGUUGAGCUUAGAACUUUGUUUUCUGAACUAACAUUUAACAUCAUCAUGAGAAUGGUUUGUGGUAAACGGUUUUACGGUGAUGAAUCUGAUGAGGCAAAGAAGUUUAGAGAUAUCAUGAACGAGAUGCAACAGUUUGGGCUAGGGUCCAACCUUGGUGAAUUUGUGCCUUUAUUUAGAUUGUUUGAUUUUAGUAGUCAUGAAAACAAGUUGAAAAAGGUUGGGGAAAAGAUGGAUGCACUUUUUCAAGGACUAGUUGAUGAACAUCGUAGGGACAGAAAUGAAAAUAAGAAUACAAUGAUUGAUCAUCUACUUUCUUUGCAACAAUCACAACCUGAUUAUUACAGUGACCAAAUUAUCAAAGGCCUUAUUAUGGCAUUGAUAGUUGCGGGAACAGAAACUUCGUCAAUAACGUUAGAGUGGGCUAUGGCUAAUUUAUUAAACCAUCCAGAAAUAUUGAAAAAAGCAAAAAUUGAAAUGGAGAAUCACAUUGGAGAAGAGAGGUUAAUUGAGGAAGGUGAAGCUACGAAAUUACAAUAUCUUCAAAACAUCAUCUCCGAGACUCUACGGUUACAUCCAGCAGCACCAAUGUUGUUGCCACAUGUAUCAUCAGAAGAUUGUACUGUGGGAGGAUUUGAUGUGCCACAAAACACCAUGUUGAUGGUGAAUGCGUGGGCUAUUCAUAGGGAUUCUGAUUUAUGGGCUGACCCAACGAGUUUUAAGCCCGAGAGGUUUGAGGGUAAUCGACAAGCGGAUACGCAUGGGUUUAUGCCUUUUGGAAUGGGGAGAAGGGCUUGUCCUGGAUCGGGCUUAGCUUUAAGAACUUUGAGCUUGACUUUGGGCUCGUUGAUCCAAUGCUUUGAGUGGAAAAGGAUUGGUGAAGAAGAAGUUGACAUGAAUGAAGGACGUGGAACUCUUGUGCCUAUGGCUGUUCCAUUGGAAGCACAAUGCAAAGCUCGUCCAAUAAUCAAUCAAAUGUUCUCUUAA